AAUUUUCUUUUUAGUCGUCUUUCAAUUUUUCUAUGAAGAGGAGACGUGUGUUUAAGUUUGCGCUUAAAAAAAAGAAAAAUCUUUUUUGGAGUUUUUUAAUUAAUUUCUUUUAGUUCGUUAUUUUACGUUUAUAAUACAUAUAAAACUAAAACAAUAACUAAAUAAACUACUGCAUUUGUAAGAAACUAAAAUUGAAACGUUAAAAUAAUCAUUAAACGAACAUUUGGUAACGCUUGAAUAGCCAUACGGUAUUAGUUUAACUCCACGUGAAAGUGGGAGCCAGCUAUUUAUCUACGCCUCACGAAUAUAGAAAAGAAAAUUUUCUCACAUUAGCAUUAUUUUUUGUUGCUUAUAACACUUCCAUAUAUUUUCUUUUUAUUUGGCAUAAAUUUUCGUUAAAAACGAAAAGUUUAGUUAAAUGCUUUUGUAACUUAAAAGACUGAAUUAAUUAAAUUAAAAUAAAAAAAGAAAACAAAGAUAUUAAUUUAUAAAGAAGUAAAAAUAAUCCACGACGACAUUUUUUUUCUUUGACUUAAAAAGUGAAUGAUGAAUAAUUAGCACAGAUAAAAAAUAAAAUAAAACACAAGAAAAUGAACAGAAAAUACAACCAAAGCAAAGUGUAUAAAAAAUAUUAAAGUGCAAAAACAACAAUCAGAAAACAAAAAGAAGAACUAAUAAAAAGACACAAACAAACAUACACAGCUGUUCCAUAAUAUACUGCCCAAAUUGAUGAAAAAUGCGUGCAUGUGUGUGAGUGGUUUAAAAAAAUAGAGGAAAACAGAUUAAAGAAAUUCCUGCAUAAUUAUUCAAUAAUUAAUAUAUAUUACGGAAAAACAAAAAAUAAAAUACUUUAAAAAAAAUCUAACAGAAAAUUCCUAAAACAUAUACUGCAAUUCUUAAUCAAAACAAUUUAAUUGAAAAUUUUGGUGAAAAGAUUUGUGGAUAAAAUAAAACUAGAAGAAAAAAAAACAGCAACAAAGCAAAAAAAAAAAGCUAAAUUAAUUUCGUGACAAGUGUUUUAAACCAAGAAAGAGUUUUUUGUAAUUAAAAGGCGUAAAUCAUCAGACUUUUUGCAAAUACAUAGUUGAAAAGAAAUCAACGAAAAGAAAAAUUCAACUUUUUAUAGACGUUGCAGUUAAGGAGGGGCCACAUUGAAGAAUAUCAUCAUCAUCAUCGCCUGUUUAUAGUUUCAUUUCGAUUGAGUUUUUUUUUAUUAUAAAUUUAUCUCUUCUUUUACUCGAUUUUUUGUCUUCGCUUAAGCUGAGAAAAUUAGCGGACGCAGCAUAAAAAGUCGAAUAAAAAAAAACCUCAUUUAAACAGCUAAAGAAGUGGUGUGAAGAAACGGAGGAAAAAAGUAAAAUCGCAAAAUUUGCAAAAACGGUACCAACCAACAAAAUUAAAUUACCACAUAAUUACUCGUGGCAGAGUAUUAUACAGCAAAUCAUUUCGAUACUAAAGAAAUGCUAAUAAAUUGAUUUUGAAAUAAAAAAAACUCCCAUUUUGUUAGAAAAAAAUAAAAAGCCACAGAACAAAAAAUAACUUAGAAAUAUGAACACCUCUCAGGGUUCAACUGCAACGUCGUCUGGUACGACGACGACAACGACGACAUCACAACAAUCUCUGACGAACGGCAGUAGUAGUGCUACCACAAGCGCAGGCGGCAACAAUGAACGCAAACGUCUCUUUAUUACACACGUCGACUCUCUGGGACCAUACCUCAAGAUCAGUGGUCACCUUAAUCCCGAUGCUAUGGGUGUUGUGCGUAGCCAAGUUCAAAAGCUAUUAACCACAUGCUAUACUAUUGAUUCAUCAUGGCCAGUAGCACGUCAGCUGGCUCUACUGUUACCCGGUGCCAUGUGUCUAUACAAACGCAUCAAUGGUGCUGCUCCGGCAGAUUUUGAAUUUGUACGAUCACGCAUUUUAAAAGUUGUUGCCGCCCCAUCAAGUGCUCCCCCCACGACAACGCCAAAAGUAGAUAUCGAAAUCAUAGAUUAUGGUCAUACUGCAACCGUGGCCAGUGUUGAGUUAUUAUUUCCACAAAAUCCUGAACAAUUGGUAAAUAUCCCAACUAUGUGCUCUCAAUAUAUAGUUUUGGGUAUUUGUGAAGAUUGGAAGAAAUCUCAACUUGAUGAAAUAUUACGGAUGAUAGCACAUCAUUCCGUAGAGAUUUCCAUUAUAAAGGAAUUUAAUCAAUUUAAAUUUAUAACAAUGAAAUGGAAAGAAUUUAAUAUUGCUGAAUUUCUGAUACAUCAGAAGAAAAUGGGUGCACCCAUAGCAAAUGAUUUGUUGUUUGAGAAAUUUUCAAAAAUACUCAAACAACAGCAGCAACAACAAGCUGCAUUAAAUAAUAACAAUAUGCCUACUCCCAAUAUGAAUAAUAACAAUAAUAAUCAAAAUAAAAAUAAUAAUAACAACAACAAUAAUAAUUACUAUAAUAAAAAUCAUAAUCCACCACCACCAUCAUCGACAUCGUCCGCCAUCAAUACAAAUUCAAAUAACAAUGUUGUGGCAGUGGCACAAGCAGCAGCCAAAGCUGUUUCUGCUGUUUCAAUGGCUGCUCCACAUCAAACAUCAACAGCAACAACAACAUCAGGUGCUACAAAUAAUCAAUUGCGUGAACAAAUGGCUGCUAGACGUUCUUUAUCAGCACGUUUGCAACAAUUGCAACAUCCACAGCUACAUCAACAACUGCAUAUGCGUCCAAAUGUAGGGCAUAUGGCUUCAGCUGGUCAAAGUGGUGGUCAUCAUAUGAUACUUACUGCACCCGUUCAACCACGUAUGCCCCAAUCAAUUGGCAAUCUUCGAUCAAUGAUGCAAGGUAUUCAUUUACAAAAUAAUCGCAUUCCCUAUACUGGUCUCCAUUAUCAACCACAACCACAUAACCCGCAACACCCGCAUCAUCAUCAUCAUCAACAACCACCUCCACCAUUACCCACUGCCGCUGGCAUGUCUGCAACAGCAGGUUCCUAUAACGGUUUACCCGGUGUUAUGCCGACAACAGUGCCAAUCUUUAAUAACUUCAAUCCGCGCUAUCAAAGACCACCACCACCCACACAAUUAAGUGCCAUGAAUAUGCCACAGCCACAAACACCACUCUCACCGCCUAGACGUACCACACCAGCCACUUUCAAGUCAAAUACUCUGUCUGUUGGCCAGGUGUACGAUGUGAGCGUGAGCUUUGUAGAGAAUGGACCAUUUUUAUUUUCCGUCCAGCUGGUAACUUAUCAAGAUGACCUGACCGAUAUGAUGAAUCAAAUUGAGAAGGUACAUUUGAAACAGUUCAGCGAGAAACCCAUGUUGGGAACAGCUUGUAUAGCACGUUACAGUGAAGAUGGCCAACUCUAUAGAGCUCUCAUAACGGGUGUACAGCCGACAGCUUGUAAAGUGGCCUACAUAGAUUACGGCAAUGCCGAGUUGGUUCAUUUCCGAGAUUUAUAUGAAAUACCCGACGAAUUUAUUAAAUUUAAAGCCUUUGCCAUACGUUUCACUUUGUCCGGUCACAAAGAAUUGGAACCCAUUGACGAUAGCUUGAAGAAGGCCUUCAAAGACUUGGUCAUUUAUAAGAAUUGUAAACUAAAAGUUAUGCCCUUGGAGGGCCCUCCUCUGGUGCAGUAUUGUGAAUUGUAUUUGCAAGAAAAGAAUAUUUUGCAUGUCUUAAAGCAAAUCCAGAAAACCCGUUUGGUUUAUGCCAAAGCUGAGGCUUUGCGCAACAACGAUAUAGUGGAAAUUCGUUACAUUGAUUCGCCCAAAAAUUUCUAUGUGCAAAAGGUCGAUAAUAUUCCCGCUUUCGAAAAGCUUAUGGACGAUAUGUUUUUGUACUACAACAAAAAUCAAAAUGUACCCAAUCAUUUGGCUCUGGGCGCACCCUGUAUUGUCAAAUACGACAAUGAAUGGUACAGAGCUGAGGUUAUGCGUGCCGAUUCCACCGCAAUUAUAGUGAGACAUGUCGAUUUUGGCUACGAACAAAAGGUAACGAAAAAUCUUCUGAGUACCAUAGCAGAAAAACAUUUGAAAUUGCCGCGUCAAGCGGUGCAAUGCUGCCUAAAGGGUUUCGAGAAUAAUGAACUGAGCAAAGACUUGGCUACCACACAGUUUGAAAUGUUGGCCGAGGAAUCGAAUCGUCAGAGAAGAUCCUUUACCGUUAAAGUAUUUCGCAUACAGCCGGAUGGUGUUAAUCUAGUUAAUUUAUGUACCAAAGAUCUAAAUGUCAUGAAGAAAUUAUACAAACUAUCCAUGCCCUUCGAACAGUAUCUUACCCUAGAAAAGGAUGAUUUCAACUUGCAUGCCGGCUCGGGCCACCAUGGCCAGAAUGGUCAUCACAAGCCUCAAGCAGAAAAUGGCAACAAAACUCCCUCAAUUGCCUCCUCUACGGAUGGUGCCUCUAUGCAUUCAAGCAAAAAGGGUCACAUACUUAAUUCGACAACGCUGCAAAGCGAAGAACAGCGGCUGCAACAAAAGCAACAGCAACUGCAGCAGCAACAACAACAACAGCCACCACAAAGACAAUAUCAUCGUAAUAACAAUAUAAAUAAUAGUCAAAGUUAUGCCACUUCGGUGUCCACCUCAGAAUGGGACAAACAAAGUUCGAAUAGUUCAUUGACUACCGACAAUAGAGAUUCGCGUUCUAGUUCAAGUGAAUUCAAGCAGCAGCAACAGCAGCAACAACAGAGUCAGCGCAGACAAAACUAUUAUAAAAACUAUCCCUCAAAUAGGCAGAUGCAACAGCAUCAGCCAUACAUACCAAGUUCGAACAAUUCGGUGUCAAGUGAUAAGCGCAGUACGACCAGUAGUUACAAUAAUCAAAGGCCUUCCUCUGGUAGCAAUUCAAACACGCCACCCAGAUUCCAAAAACAACAACAACAGCAAACUAAACAAAACUAUCAGCAACAACAACAACAGAAUUCUCCACGUCAUCAUAGACAGCAGCAGCAACAACAACAGCAGCAGCGCCCACAAAAUGCUCCACAAGGUUUUUCACAACAACCCAAACAAAAAGAAAACCAGUUAAACAACACCAACAACAGCAUCAAGUCUUCCUCAGGCAAUAGUGAAGCUUCCAAAAAGUCACAAGAACAAAACAAUAAAAAUAAUGUCGAUAAUAAUACAUCAACCUCCAGCAAUUCACAACAGCAACUGCAGCAGCAGCAACAACAACAGCCCAAAGAAAAACCAGCCACCUACACAUUUGUACCCCUCAAUAAAGCCUUCCCCGUUAAAGCUAUUGAGACACCCUGUCGCGAGGAAGUCAUUAUAUCCUGGUGGAUUUCACCACAUCAAUUCUAUACUCAGUUAAAAUCACGUUCCGGUGAAUUUGAGCGUUUCAUGAAAGACAUACAACAAUUCUAUCACAAGUUGCCGCUGCAACAGCUGCAACUGAAGGUGGGUUCGUUUGUAAUGGCCCGUCAACGCAAAGACAACAUUAUCUAUCGUGCCCGCAUCAUGGCCUGCAAUCAAAUGUUGCGCAAAUAUAAAGUUCACUUCGUAGACUUUGGUAACCAGUACACAGUGACCUCGGAAGAUAUCUGGCAGGUUGAAAAACGUUUUGCCGACUUCCCCAUUAUGGCCUAUUUGUGUGGUUUCGAUGGCAUUGUCUCCAACUACGAUCAUCUCUACAUCAUUGAUCGCAUGGACAAGUAUUUGCCGCAAGGCGUCACACUACAAUGCGAGUACAUUGAAAAGAACAAUCAUGACUUGUACUAUGUGAAUGUGAAAGUGAAUAAGGUUUCUUUGAAGCAAACUCUAAGCACAGAAGGUCUUAUAACCGAAAUUUGUCCUGAACUUCGUUUGGAUUUACUGGCAGGCCAACAAAUACGUGCCAAAAUAUCUUCCAUCAAUAAUAUGCUGAAUUUCAAAAUUCAAUUACCUUUUUAUGGCUGUGAAAAUAUCACACACAUCGAAAUGUUGUGUUCAUACGAUGAUGUACGCUUUGUUAAGUCCAAUCAGGAUAUUGCUCGCAAGUUUAAGCAAUUCUACGAUGGUAAAUCGUGUGUGCUUAAUAUUAAGGAUGUUAAUGAUAAUAAAGUUCUCCUCUUGCGUCCUCUAAUGCCGUUGCUUAAAGAAGACAUACCCUGGUAUAUCUGUACACCUCCCAUCCUAUUGGAAAGUUUCAAUGUGCGCAUUGUAUAUGUUCCAACACCAUAUCGUUUGUAUGGACAAAUUGUAGCCACUGAAAUGGAAAUGGCUCAACUGUUGGAUGACAUGUUCAACUACUAUGAAAACGAAGGAACUCUGCUUGACACAUUCGAUUUAGAGCAAAUGUGUGCCGCUAAAGGCAGUGAUGGCAAUUGGUAUCGUGCACGCAUACAAAACAAUCAAAAUUCCGAGGUUGCAUUAGAAGUUAACUUUAUUGAUUACGGCAACACGGAACCGGUAGAAAAGCAGCUUUUAAAGAAAUUAGAAGAAAAAUUCUAUUUGAAUAAGAGCGCUUAUGCCGUGGAGAUAAAUCUGCCUUUGAAAACAUUGGCGGCAGAUGUGCAACAGAAACAAAAGGGCAAGAAAUCAACAGGCAGCAAUUCAACGGCAACGGCUUCAAAUGAAACCGAUGUUGCUGUCAUUAAAUCGUUGAGCAGCCUGACUUUGGAUCAGGAAAUCACUGUUAAAUCCUUGGAAGUGAAGAACAAUCAUUUAAUAGCCGAUCUCUUAAUGCCGAACGGUAAAAAUAUGAUUGAUUUGCUGAAGGAACAAAAGCUCAUCAAAUCUCGAGAUUUGGAGUUUAUGCGCAAGUUGUUGGAGAAAGAAAAGCCCAAUGUUUUGGAAUACAUUGAAUGUGUUGAUUUGACCUUGGAAGAUGAGGACGAGACAGGUGAUGAGAAAACUAAAACAGGUAAUAGAAGUAAACCAACUACGCCCAAGAAAAAGAAAACCAACAACAAAGAAGUCGAAGUGGAGAAAAAGGCGAGCGCUGUCGCCAAACAAGAAGAAAAGAAAGUGGUUGAGGUGGCAGAAAAACAAGAAAAACCUAAAGCUGUCGAAGUUAAAGCACCAGAAGUUGUGGUGGAAAAACCCAAAGAAAUGGCUAAAGUUGUUGAAGCGUCUAAACCAGCAGUGCCAGCUAAAACACAAGAAGUUGUUGUGGAGCCUGUGCCUGUGCCAGAGCCAGAACCGGAACCUAUUAGCAAUCCCUAUGCUGAUAUGGAGCAUGCUAUUUUAGCUCACUGUGAUAAUCCGGCACAAUUCUUUAUUCAUCCCAUGGACAAGGUUAAAGAACUACAACGUCUGCAGGAGAAUCUACAAAUUGUGGCCAGUUCUCUGCCACCUUUAAUGCGCGUCAUCAAUGGUGCUUACUGUAUAUCCAUGUACUCGGUGGAUAAACAAUGGUAUCGUGCCAAAAUCUUAGAUGCUGAAUUGAUGGUUUUGCAAUUUAUAGAUUUCGGUAACACCGAUUGUAUCAACGAGACCACAGACUUGAAGGAAAUGAUUGUUUUCCCCGACAUUGAACCGUUGUGCAUUCCCUGUGCCCUACCCAUCCGACCGAAUGGUACUAUUGAUUGGCAAGAUGCCGCCAAUGCUACUUUCAAUGAUUCCUACACCAAGGUUUUGGACUAUGAGUUCAUCACACAAGGAGAACAAUUCAAAAAGAGUUAUGUUAAUCUGUACAUAGAGGGUGUCAAUGUUAUGGAGAAAUUAAUAAAGGAUGGCUAUGCCAAACCUUUGGAAAUAGUAGAUUCAGGAGAGAAUUGUUAUAUAUCACAUGUCAAUGGUAUAGCCGACUUCUAUAUACAAUACGAAAAGGAUUCCAAAGGCUUGGAACUGAUUGAAAUCUAUUUAGCGGACUAUGAAAAGCUUAAGAAGCUAGAGAAAUUCGAAAAGUUCAAAAUUGUGGCCGCCCUAUUUCCCGACGACGAAAUGUGGUACAGAGCCAAGUUGUUGAAACAAGUGGGCGAGAGUUUCGAGGUCUUGUUUAUCGAUUAUGGCAACACCAGCAUUAGUCCAGAGUGUCGUGAGAUUUCCCAAGAAAUAGCAGAACUGCCACCUCUGUCAAAGAAGUGUGCUUUAGAAGUGCCUGCUAGCUGCACCUGCUGGUCUGAUGCAGCCGAACAGAAAUUCAUGGAAAUUGCUGAUACUGGUGAAACUAUAUUCAGUGUAGAAUUGCGAGAACCCUCUCAACAUCAUGCUGUAGUCCAUCUACUAAUUGAUGGCCACAACAUUAAUGAUGACCUGGAGGAGUUGUGCGAAAAGAAAUCAUUGCCCGAAGCCGAACUGUGUGCCGAAAUGAAUACAAGUUUCAACAACUCGACUCUGCACACCUCAGUCUACGAGUCCGGCACUCUAUACGAAGCGAUUAUAUCACACGCCAAUUCUCCUUGUGAUUUUUAUAUACAGUUCACCAAGGACUCUAUACGUCUAGAAGAUAUGACACAAUCUCUAAAUAGUCUGGCUAUGGGUAAAUUGGAAAAUCCCUCCAAGUUGCAGUUGUGUGCUGCUCUCUAUCCAGAAGAUUCAAAACUAUAUAGAGCUAAAAUAUUGGAGAUUUUGGACAAUAACGAAUACAGGGUACUCUUUGUAGACUAUGGCAACGAAGCCGUUACCAGGGAGCUUAAAACGUUGCCCCAUGACCUGGUCGAACUUAAAGAAUUCUCUAAGAAAUGUCAAUUGGAAAAUGCCAUCAAGUUUUCACAAUUUGGUUCGAUUGCCACAGAAUCUUUUAAUAAUUUAAUAGAUCAAUGUGAAGGUCUAGUCAAAAUCGAUAUUAUUGAAGAAGGUACUUCCCAGCAACCGGCCAUAGUUAAAGCAUUUGCCAUGAACUCAGAGGAUAAUCUGUGCGAAAGUCUGAACAAACUAUUGGGACUGGAUCAUAAAACCCAAACGGUAACAAUACCCACUCAAAGUGCCAGUAGCAUUUUAGCCGAAGAGGAUUUAGAAAAGGCAGCUAAAACUUGUGUCAUUUCCCAUGCCAUUUCGCCCAGCCACUUCUACAUACAACUGAAAUCCAAUUCGGUCAAAAUGGAAACUGUCAAAAAAGCCUUACUCAACUUACCCAGUAUCAAAGAGAAUCUGCAAAAACUGUCACAUGCUGAAGUGGGCAGUGUAUGUUCUGCUUAUUCAGCCGAAGAUGACUGUUACUAUAGAGGACGCAUUGAAGGCGUUUUGGCCGCAGAUAAAGGCUACGAAAUAUUUUUAUUAGAUUUUGGCAACACCAUAACAACUCAAGAAAUACGUGAGCUACCCGAGGAUCUAAGAUCGAUUCCUUCCAUUGCCCUCAAGUGCCAACUGAACUCUAUACCCUCGGGGGUGAGUGACUCAGUACUCGAAGAGCGUUUCUCUGCUUUGCUGGAAACACAUUUUGGUGAGAUUUACGAGAUCGAACAGGAUGUUUUGGAUGAGGUGACACGUGUUCACACCGUCAAGCUGCAAGUCAAUUACAAGGACUUGGCCGAGGAACUCGAAAAAGCCGUGGAAUCUAAUACUGCUGUAGAAGAAGUAUUCUCUCCUUUACCUACUCUUUAUGAUUGUAGUAUCAUACAUGUAAAUUCUCCCACCUCUUUCUAUGUACAAUUAACCAAAGACGUUUCUCAACUAGAACACAUCACCGAUGUUUUACUAGAUGCAGAAACAGAAUUUCCUCUAUUUACUGACUUACAAGUGGGCGCCAUAUGUGCCGCCCAAUUUCCCGAAGAUAUGGCCUACUAUCGUGCCGAAAUUGUAGCCCUGCUAGAGGACAACAAAUGCGAAGUUCACUACAUCGAUUUUGGCAACAAUUCCAUAACCGAUAAAUUCUACAAACUACCCGAUGAUCUACUCCAAAUGGAAAGAUAUAGUAAACAAUGUUCCUUGGACUCUACAUGUCCACAAACUAACGAAGUGAUGCAACAAUUCUCACAAUUUGUUGAUACACGUUUCUCAGAGACAUUCCAAUUAGAAUUUCUAAAAACAUCCGACACUUUGAACAUUGUCAGAGUCUUCUAUCAAGAAAAGAACAUAAUACAGGAAAUUUUACAAAUCAUUAAAAAUGGUGGAGUGGAUAAUUCUGUAGUAAUCAAUGGUGCUAUUGACAGUGAAGAUGAUGUUGUUGUUGUUGAACAAACUAGCAGUGGCAUUGGCAGUAUAAAUGUAGAAGAACCUCAAACAAAUGGAGAGCAGUAAAAAAUCCCCACUGCACACAACGUAACAAUUUUUAAAUAAUGAAUUGAAAACCUGUAAAAAAUACAAGAAUAAGAUCUUCUAAAGACAUUUCUAAAAAAUAUGAAGACGACAAAAAUAAAUCCCUUUAACUCCAGAAGUUAAUCAAAAAAAAAAAAAGAUGUUGCUGUUAAACAAACAACAAAUCUAUAUGUAUGUAAAUGUUUAAAACAAAUGUACUUUAAUUUAUUGAAAGAAUUUCUUUAAAUUCUUUAAAAAUGAAUUAAAAUUGUGAUGAUGAUGAAGCCCGUAUGCUUCACAAUAAUGAAGAAUACCAUUUUCGUAAAUGAUGAUUGAUAUGAUGACUUAAACUGAAUGAAUUUAUAACUAAACGGCUUUAGUUUAUACAAAUAAAUUAAAUUAAAAAAUGAACAAUGCAACUGCUGUUCAACGAUACACAUGAAAAUAACAUUUAAAAAUGAAUGCAAUAUAAAACAGUUAAAAAAAUGUUCACUGUUUCAACGAAUAUAAAGCAAGAAAGAAAUGUGGACAACAAUAAUACUGCGAAUGUCUUUUAAAUGUAGAUAAAUCAAAUCAAAAGUGUAAAUUAUCUUUUGGUAAAACAAAAAUCUCACAAUUAUUAACGACAUUGUAGGAACAUAAAUUUGUUACACUUCUGCAAAAGAUUGAUGACACAAACACCAAACGAGAUUAAUAUAAACAAAAUAUAAAAAACGUGUGCCAACAUUAAAUGAUGUUAAGAAGAUGGAUGGAUGGAUGCUAAUAAUAAUGGACUCAAACGAAUUGAAGCAUCUUAAAGCCCCUUAAAGGUAUGCUUCACUAAUAGACAGAGAAAACUCACACACACACACACAGUUUCUCUCUCACACUCAUAUACGGAAGUAAAGGCAUAUAUUGUAAAAUUAUACUGCCUACAUAUAGGCUAAGAAAUAUAAAAAGAAAUAUUUCAAAAAUGGAAAAAUUGAAAAGAAAAUUUAAAUUAAAAUGAAAAUAUUAUAUAGAAUGUGAUAAAAUAAAAUUGAAAGAUUACUAAAAAACUUUUUUAAGUGUUUUUUGGAAAAAACAUAAUUUUUUAAAAACGAUAUUUAAAAAGCCUGUUUAAAGCUUUUCUAAAAAAACUAGUUUUAAGAUUAUUUUUUUUUUAAGUAACUAAAAGAAAAACCAGCAGCUAAUUUGGAAAAAUAUGAUUUUUAUGGUAGUAAAACUACUGCUUUAUUAAACAAAAAGAAAAGCAAAAAAAACGAAGAAAAUAAGAUUGAAUAUUAAAAUAUGGUAAAAUUUAAAAUAAAAAAAAUAAACAUUUUUGAAAAAUUUCUUAAAGAAAUGAAGUAUUAAUUUAAUGAAUUUCGAAAUUACUUGUUUUUAACAAGAUUUAUUUAAUUUUUUUUAUAUAUAAACGAACGAUUAAUAAUUUUGUUUUAAAAACUGAAAACGAAAUUUAAAAUUAAAAAUAAAAAACAAAGAAGUGCUCAUUUAUUUUUUUAAUAAAAAGAAACAAAAAACAAAAAGAAAAUAAAAGUUGUAAACUUAGAUUUAACUGUAAUACACUUACAAAACAUACUAAAUACAUAAUUAUUGCUCAUGGAGAGAGGGAGUGAAAUAAAUUAAAAAAUAUAUUGCAAUAUUUCAAAGGUUGAAUUGUUUAAUUAUAAACAUUUUUAUUAUAAUGAUUUGUUUUAUUUUUUUUUAUAUAAAUAUUUAACAAACUCAAGUUUUUUUUUUGUUAUAUUGAAUUAUGUUUUUUUUUUUUAAUUUUAAUAUAGAAAUUUUUAUUUUUUUUAACUUUAACAUAUUUAAAUGUGAAUUAUUUAUUUAAUUUCUUGUACUUUUAGUUAGUUGAAUUUUUUAAUGAACACUUUUUUAUAUCAAUAUUGUAAAAAAAACAAAAAACACCAGAAACAAAAUAAAAAAAAAAUAUACUAACUUAAACUAAAGGAAAAAAAACCAACAAAUCUACAUAAACAUAUAAAUAAUAAAUGUGUAACUAAUGUCUUCUCUAUAUUAUCCUUUAUUUUUUUGCAUUAAAUAUCAAAAAAAUUGUCAAAAAAAAAAAUAAAAAAAAAAUAUCAUACAAAUAAAUUGUAAAAAAAACCCAGAAAAAAAGCAAUAAAAAAUAAAAAAAAAACAACUUUAAAAGCAAUAAAAAAA